CAGAGCUCUGCAGUGGUGGCAAGUUGUCCCCUCAGUGACCACGGCCUGUCUCCCAUCCAGUGUCAAGAAUGAGAGCCGGAGAGGAGCCGAGCCCAGCCCCUCACCGUCCCCCCGGCCAAAAUCUCCAGGUCAUUAUUGUCUCUAAGCAACAGAUGGGACAACAUUCCAUGAGAGAAGCAAAAGGAGAAAUCUUAACCCCCAACACUGGGGCUGGAAGUGCCAUUCAGAAACCAACUUCUGCCCAGAUCUCUCUAGUGGGCCACACUCCUGAAGUCCCUGGCACAGGCAGCUCUGAGUCUCAAGGGACAUUGACACAGCUGAAGGAGCUGUGGCCCAGGGCAGGGCACUCCUCAUGAAGCUCUUCAAAAAGAGGUUGGAUGAAACAACGACCUUUGGAAAAGGUAUUUCUGUAACAAAGAAGACUCACACAUCUCAAAUUGAAAUUAUUCCAUGCAAGAUCUGUGGAGACAAAUCAUCAGGAAUCCAUUAUGGUGUCAUUACAUGUGAAGGCUGCAAGGGCUUUUUUAGGAGGAGUCAGCAGAGCAAUGCCACGUACUCGUGUCCCCGGCAGAAGAACUGUCUGAUCGACCGGACCAGCCGGAACCGCUGCCAGCACUGUCGCUUACAGAAAUGCCUUGCCGUGGGGAUGUCUCGGGAUGCUGUAAAGUUUGGUCGAAUGUCAAAAAAACAGAGGGACAGCCUGUACGCCGAGGUGCAGAAACAUCGAAUGCAACAGCAGCAGCGGGAUCACCAGCAGCAGCCAGGAGAGGCAGAACCACUCACACCAACAUACAAUAUCACCACCAAUGGGUUAACAGAGCUACAUGACGACCUCAGUAAUUACAUUGAUGGGCAUACCCCUGAAGGUAGCAAAGCAGACUCUGCAGUUAGCAGCUUCUACUUAGACAUACAGCCUUCUCCAGAUCAGUCGGGUCUUGAUAUUAAUGGAAUCAAACCAGAACCAAUAUGUGACUACACACCAGCAUCGGGCUUCUUCCCUUAUUGUUCUUUUACAAAUGGGGAGACCUCUCCAACUGUGUCCAUGGCAGAAUUAGAACAUCUUGCACAGAAUAUUUCCAAGUCACACAUGGAAACUUGCCAGUACUUGAGAGAGGAGUUACAGCAGAUAACAUGGCAAACUUUUCUGCAGGAGGAAAUUGAGAACUAUCAGAACAAGCAAAGGGAGGUAAUGUGGCAGUUAUGCGCAGUCAAAAUAACAGAAGCUAUACAGUAUGUAGUGGAAUUUGCCAAACGCAUUGAUGGCUUUAUGGAACUGUGUCAAAAUGAUCAAAUUGUGCUUUUAAAAGCAGGGUCUUUAGAGGUUGUGUUCAUCAGAAUGUGCCGUGCCUUUGACUCCCAGAACAACACAGUCUACUUUGAUGGCAAGUAUGCUAGCCCAGAGGUUUUCAAGUCCUUAGGUUGUGAAGACUUCAUUAGCUUUGUGUUUGAAUUUGGAAAAAGUUUAUGUUCUAUGCACCUGACAGAAGAUGAGAUAGCUUUGUUUUCUGCGUUUGUUUUAAUGUCAGCAGAUCGCUCAUGGCUUCAAGAGAAAGUAAAAAUUGAAAAACUCCAACAGAAGAUCCAGCUAGCACUUCAGCACGUCCUACAGAAGAACCACCGAGAAGAUGGAAUUCUAACAAAGUUAAUAUGCAAAGUGUCUACUUUAAGAGCACUGUGUGGACGACAUACAGAAAAGCUUAUGGCAUUUAAAGCAAUAUACCCAGACAUUGUGCGACUUCAUUUUCCUCCACUUUACAAGGAGUUGUUCACUUCAGAGUUUGAGCCAGCAAUGCAAAUUGAUGGGUAAACGUAUCACCUAAGCACUUCUAGAAUGUCUGAAGUACAAACAUAAAACAAAAGAAAGGAAAAGAAAAGGAAAAAAAAAAAAAGAGAAAGAAAACCAAGACACUUUAUAUGGCCCUGCACAGACCUAGGGAGCCAACACACUGCACAUCUCUUGGCGGUCGGGGUCAGGCGAAGGAUGGGAAACAAUGAAACAAAGUUGAACUUGUUUUUCUCAUGCAUAUGAUUUCCAUUAUGCCUACAAAUAUGGACCCUUUUUCUGUCUCAACUUCUCAAUCCUUGACCUCUGUUUACACAGACUGAGGGUACUAAUGUCAGAAGGUUGUUUUCUCCUGUAGUUCAAUCCCCAGACUUUUGACAGAACAAUCAAUUUGUUGGUCAGAACAGAGUCCACCUAGUAAUCAGCGACUGGUGUGCAUUGCAGAGAUUUCAGCAUCAGUUUGCACAACUUGCUCAUUGUUUCAUGAAGGACAAUUUUUUUUCACCUACCACUGUUUGCCAGUAGACAGAACGGCAUGAAAAGGGUCCAUAGCAAUAGCAACAAUAGCAUUAUAAUAUAUUACAGGGUAAAUGGGCAUGAAGACUAUAUAUAGCAAAAGAGAUAUUGUUUAUAUAUUGUUUUAAUUAAUAUAAAAUGUAGUUACUGGUAUAGCUUUUCUUGUUGAAUUGAUAAGGCACUUUCAUUUUGCACCUUUUUCUUUAAAUUAAAUGCUAGCGUGUUCAUUGUUGUGUUGCAUGUGCACCAGAAAUUCAAGUUUAACUGAAAAAGGUUUGGCAGGUACUGGUACAUUGGGAGGUAUUUAUGCUGCUGUUUUCCAUGUUACUUUUAAAGAGAGGCUGGUCAUAUCCUGAAAUGGUUAGAGAUUUUUUAAAGAAUUGAAAAUAAUGACAGUUUUCUACAUUAAAAUAAUCUUUUCAGAAGUUAAAUUCAAAGGUACUUUUAUUUUCAAGUCUUUCAAACCUGAAUGUUUCAAAGUCAAAAGCCUCAUUUUCAAAGGUUCUGAAUUUCCAGUGUCAGAGUUGAACUAAUUAAUUACCGAUCAUUUACAAAUUAGUAACACAACAUCUUUGAAAAUCAGGCUGUUAAAUAGUGUAUUCCUGCCCAUGAUAAAUCCAGGUUUGAAAGUAUUUAUUGAAUUCUGUAUCUACAGUAAAAGUACGUGUGUAUGACAUGCUUGCGGAAAAGUAAUUUUUACAUGUGAUAUUACAUACUUUUGUACUCCAUAUCGUAAACAAUGCCUUCAAAUGCCAAGCUGUAGCCUAUCGAAUUCCAUAGGUCUGUCUUUGACUUCAGUGAGGUGAGACACACUGACCCCUGUUGUUCCAGCAUCCAGCAGUUCAGUUUCAGGGAGCUGAGCAGAGAAGUCUGUUCUCUCCAUGUUUAAAAAGAUGCACUUUAAAGUUGAUCAGAUAGGGACAGACUAAGAAAGGAAAGGCACACUGUUGCUAGAAAACAUUAGUUUGUACUCAGUACCAGCCUGGAAAUCAUUAAUAUCAGAAACCUGCAUUCUGUAAUUCUGAUUCCUGUAUUGCAUAACCAACCAAUAAGCUGAAUCUUGCAGUGUUAUUAAUUACCAUUCCCUUCAGGAAGAAUUCUAUCUCUGAGCAAAGCUGGCAGUAAAUGUAGUUCUGAAGGAAGCAGAUUCACAUAAACAACAUCACAAACUGUGGCUGUUUGAGCCAGAGGUGUAUAAUUGGGUUUGGAUGAGAUGAAGAUGCAUAACUGGAUGCCAUGUAGGCCAUCGCAAAUUCAGUUUUGAUGAAGUACCUAAGAAAAAGCUGGGAACAUCAAAAAAUGAAAAGGAGUGAGAUAGAAUGUGCCCUACUGCUUUAACUUCCAAGGGUAAACAAUCUCUUAGUUAUGUUAUAGUUGUUGAGAAGUAACAAGUGAAUAGACGCACACCGAAGCCUAAGUAUUGUAAAAAGCAGAAUCAGAUCAGUGGGUUCUUAUUAGCAAAAUAUAGGUUUAUUCUAUGAUUUGAACAUGUUUCCUUUGGGGUCAAAUAGAAACAUUUAUCUAUGACACUUAAUAAAAAUGUUCCAGUCUAGCACAUCAGGGAAGGUUACAGCUAUCACUCAUCUCUAGACUUUGAAAGGAGGGUGAGAGCAGAGCAUCACACUGCCUCCUCAGGGCAGUGUGCCCUGGAGUGUGGGAGGGGAACACCUGCAGUGCUGUGAGCACUGGGAUGGAGGCAGGAGAGGGCUUUUGGAAAAAGUCCAUUGAGCUGUCUUUUUCCUGCUCCAUUCUGCCUGCUCCUGAAGAGGUGGCUCACAGCCCAGCACAUGCUCUCUCCACUCCCACUGAAACACUUUUCCUAAGAUCAUUGUUUACUUUAUUGGAGUAACUGGCAUUAUAUGGUACUUGCAUUCUAAUGUGUAUUCCUAUUUUUGAAGCACCUCUUUAACAAAUGUUUUCUGAAUGUGACCAGCCUUAGGUGCUAGUCCUGUAAAGAUCAACUAAACUUAAUCUCAGUGUCAACUAAUGAAUAGUGAAGUAACACCUUACUUUUUUAGAGAGCAAGAUACACCUCCUACUUCUGACAAUGUAGACUACCAGGCAAAAUAUGGGGAUUAGUUUUCAGUCACAUCUUACUCUUACCUUUUCAUGAUGAAUAUUAGUAUAUUACCAGGCAUCUAGGUGCCAGUGGUUUUGUUUGGAAUCUGUUUAGCAUAUUUACAUUCAUAAAACAUUGACAAUAUAAGUCUUGGAGCAUUUACUAAUAAAAUACAUAACAAUACAAAGGUUUCAAAUAAGGCCUUAGCUGAGAUUGAUCUUCCAGGCCAGAAAGUACUGUUGUUUUCGUUUGUGGGAGCUCAUGUGUACUGGGACCUUGUUAAAUCAGGCUGAACAUACACACCCCAAGUAACUCUGCUUUCCUGGUCACAGUUAACAGCCACUUGGCAAUAGAGUGUAAUUUUUGGGUGGCCCUUCAUGGAGAGGGGAAAAAACAGCAGACACACUGAUAAGACAUCUGUUGCCAAGGAGGGUUUUAUGCAAGGGGAUAACACCAGAAUGGCUGGCUGGAGAUGGCCAUGUAAGAACCUAGCACAGCAGAGGAAAUGCCCUCUGCAAAACCCCUGGGACUGUGGCCUGGUAUCAGAUGAUCAACCAGUUAAAAACCACUGGAGGUCAAUGGAUAUUCACAUGAGUAUUUUCAUCAUCUGCCCAGUUCACUAUAAUUAAAAACACUAGGAUAGCUGAACAUAAUAUUUUAAGUUUAGAGGACCUAGUCCUGCACAGAUAUUUUCCUUGGGAGUUAAAUCUAUCCCUGGAGAUGUUUUCUGGCUUUCUAGGAAGAGCUACUAGACUAUACUGUCAUAUGAACCACCCUAAUAUGUCAUCAGCUCCAGAUGGAAUUAGGUAAAAAGGGAGGCUGUUUUUAAGUUUGGUUGUUCUUUAUUAGCUUAUCUUAGUAUGAAUACCAAGAUAUCUGUCUAUGUGCACCUGUGUGUGUGUGAGGGAGUCCAUUGUGUGUGCACAUGAGUGUAUGUGUGGGAUGCGUGAGUGGCUGCUUCUAGGCUGUUAAGUGUCAAUGGAAUAAAGAAAUGUAUUCAAAAUACUUAAGUCAAAAAUAGAAGGUGGUAAAAAGAUUUAUUCUAUACAAAGCCUUGUCUGGACCACUUUAGAGAGACUUCUAUUUUUUUAACCCUUCUAUAAAUGUUUGAUGGCACUUGAAAUAUUCCUGCAAUAAAAUGUGAUUUGUGUAAACAUUAAAAAAAAAAAAAAGAUUUUGUAAUGUGAAACAAUGAAAGAAAGUAAUGUAAUUUUUCUAAAAAACAAAAAAAAAAAACCACAAACGAACAAACUUUGUAUUAUUUUCUUGAUGGAAUUUGUCUAUUUGUCUUUGGAAAACUUUUUAUUUCAUUGAAUGUGCCAUAGUAGAGGUGUGUUUUUCUUUUUCUUUCUUGUUUUUUAUUUUUACAUUUUAGAUUACAGGAAUAGCUGUGUUCCGACAUUCCAAAAUGCAAGAUGACAUAGCAGUCAUGAUUAAAAGGUUUGAUUAGUAAGCUUCAAUCAUUGUUGCUUUUUUUGCACAUGUUCUUCAUUCCUCUACAGUGCAAUAUGUACAUAGAGCACUUGCGGGUGUAACCUUGAUCCCUCAGGGAAAAAUACAUAUUUGUACAGGAUUUUUCUUUUUUUUGCCUUUUUUCUUUUCUUUCCUUUUUUUCUUUUUUUUCUUUUUUUUUUUUUUUUUUUUUUUUUUUUUUUUUUUUUUUUUUUGCUAAGGAAUGUCGAUUGAAUCACUUGUCUGUUGUUGAGGGGCAGCCAGAUAAUAAUCCUAAACCACUGUCACAAAACAUUGAUUGUUUAAAUUUUGUGCCCUUUUAUUAUUUAAAAAAGAAAAAUAAAAGUUAUUUUCUGACAGUUCUUUGUGCUGAUUGGUGAAAAAAAGGGUAAAUAGAUUAAGCACCUUAUGAUUGACUUAACUGUGAAUGACAAUCCAUCUCGUUAUCAACAAGAGAAGCCCUAUCAUUUUGGAGCUGGGGUUAUAAGUCAGAAACUAAUGUGCUCAGGGAUCUUCUAAAACUCUUCAACAGGGUGGCCAGUACUGCUGGUGGAACAAAUUACUUUUUAAAAAAUAUGCUAGUAUUUCUUCCCUUCCCCCUGCCCCCCAGGCACAAGAGAACUGGAUAUUUUUUUUUUAACCAAAUGCUCUAUGUGUGCCUCAUUCUCUUGCUCACUCUUGCAGUAAAGCUGCUUUUUGGUUGGUAUUGUGAUCAAAACAGAACUGCUCCAAAUAGUGCAAAGAUUUUGCAAUUAUAUUUUAGAAAAUAAAUGCUGACCCACUAAAUAAAUGACUGAAAUUAAUUUCAAUACCCUCUGAACAUUUUUAUAAUGAUAGGACUACUUUUUCAGCUGAAAUUCAGUGUUCUGCAAUAGAAAGCGGCUUUUUAGUAUUUAAGUUAUUAUCAAAGAAAAUGAAUCAGUUCGUGAGAAUACAGUAAGAAUGAAAAGGUCAUGGUUAGGUUUCAUCAGUGAAGUCACAUAGAAAGGAGCACAUAUCUGCAGGAAUACAAGAACAACACUUCAAAUGUUGUCUGUCAUUGUUGCAGAUGUUCUGUGGUAAAGCCAAAACCUGACUGGAAAGAAACACUGAGGCUGAAUAGGUUUUCAUAUCUAGUACAUCAAAUACAGCAAUUCCAAGUGAUUUUACAAUGGCACCAAAACCCAGCAAUGUUUAGAAGUCUCCCAGUGCCAAACUAUAGGAUGCUUGAAGCCUGUCCCAGUUAGGUUUGUUUUAUGGCUUCACAUUCUUCUGAAAAUGCAAGUAAACAACUACGAACAAAAUGAGCAAGACUGCAACACCUUGGUUACAUUGGAAAGAGAGUGAAUUUGAUUUCUCCAUCCAAUGUGUCUGCUUGGAGAAAGCCCCAGUUUUCUGGUAUUUUUGAGGGUUUUUUUCCAUGGGUAUACAGCUACCAGUUGGUUACUUUAGAUUGCUUCAUAAAUAGGGAAACCAUCCUUACAGUUUCACAAGCUGACAGCUGAGUUUAGCUUGGAAUGGCUUCCCAAGGCAGACUAGCGCUUAGCAAGUGUGAUCAGUUGGUGUUCUGGCAUCUUCAGCAGAAGAGGAUUCCUCCUGCUGAUUGACAGUGCACCCGAUUCUUUACAUACUUGCACAUCAAUUAAACACUCUUAGAACGGACAACCUAUAAGAUGUUUUAACUGUGUAGUGGGAUGAUCCAAGUAUUACAGUAUCUUUUUUUGGAUUCACAUAGACAAUCCCCAGUCUGUACUUGAUGAACAAAACAGGUUACACAGUGUAAGCUGUACAAAUGACGUGUAUUUUUUUCCCUAGACAUUCCUAAACUCCUCAAUAUAGACAAACCUAUUAAUAUAAAUGCCAGAAACAGCACUUACUACACAAUAUCCAAAAAUAAUAAGCAAUUUUCUCUUGAGUAUGGAAUUCUAUCUGUGCUAGCUGAUUCACAUUGCACAGAACAUCUUUAUUUUCCCUAGCUGGAGAAACAUAACUAUUAGAAUUAUUUUUUAAUUAUUAAUACUAAUAUUUAUCACUUUUAAAGUUACAUCCAUUAAUAUAUUUGAAUAUUAGCCUCUUUCUUUUUGUUUAAAUAUUUCUGUCAGUUAAUCAUUUGGUGGAAAUGAGGGCAAAUGCAUAUAGAUACCAAAUACAACAACAAAAAGAAAAGUUUUAACAUGUAAAUGAGUAUUUAUUUUAAAAUCCUUGCAGUAUGUGCUUUAAUUCUAGUACUGUGAUAAUGGCUUGCUACAUAAUGCUAAGUCACUGGACUUGAGGAGAAAAAUACAUAACAUAAUUUACAGUCUUUCUCUGGAACUUUAUUCAGGUACUAAAUAGAAUUUUAACAUCUAAACAGAAGCUGUAUUCUACCUUUUCCAUCUAUAAUGUUGCUGUUUGUCCUUUUUUUUUUUUUUUUUUGCCUUUAUCAUUGGUAGAAUAUAGCAAUAACUUUAUAGCAAUAAGUAGGCUAUCCAAAUAAGAAAAAAAAAAAAAUGAUAAAGGCUUCAGAUCAAUACUCAUAGGCUCACUUCUUCUGCCACAAUAUUCACUUGUAUGUCUUCCCUCAUAAUCUUAUUACUUCUUCGAGCUGAACUCCACAAUCAAGUUGUUCAACUUGAUGUGUAACAUCACACUUUGUUAACAUCUGCAUGUUUUCAGUGUUCACAUGUCCUAUGUAUACUUGUGUUCCUAUGUUAGUGUUUCUCAAGGUUUCUGAAGGCACAAUCUCUAUGAGCUAUAUUUCUGCACAGGGCUCUGUGUUGGAAUUGACUUAGGUUUCCUGGGGCAGGGAGUGUGAAUCAGCUGGAAUGACUGGCAGCAUUUCCCAAGUGAAGGAACCCAGCUGCUGCAGGUACUUGGGAACUCUCCGGCCGCUGCAAAUGCAAAGUGCAGUCCCCAGCCGGCUCUUGCAGCUCCUCCGUGCAGCCCUCCGUGGGGCUGAGCUGCAGUUCCCGAGUUCCCAGCCCAGCGCGCUCCUUGUAGCCAGCACGAGCACGUGCUUCGCGCUGGAGCGCCUGCACUUCACAAAGAACCGAGCUGGGUGUGCCGGGUGUUUUGAUCAUGAUCUAAACACUUGGGCAUCAUUCAAACAACCAGUUGUGACUUUCAGUUUGAGAAACACUACCCUGAAUUACCCCACAAAGUCUUAAUGUAGAUGCACAAACUUUACAGGAACUUGCAAUCUGUAAUGCUAUCUAUAUCUAAUGCAGAGAAUUCAUAAGCAAUACAGUGAAUUUUACUUCACAAAAAGGCAUACGUACUGUACACCUUUUAAAAUCCAAAAUGUUCCUCAUUUCUACAUUGAUUUAGAAACAAGGUACAGAACAGUGGUUACUAUUUGAAGUAUUAGGACAUUAACUGGCUGCUUCUUUAUAUGUAACUGUAUUGUCUGCCUGCUCCUUUUCUGGAGAUGUGUUUUUGUAUUGGAUGUUUGGGCCAAUGGGAGGCUUCAAGCUACAAUGUAUUUUCCCAGAUUAAAUAUAUUUAACAUAUGACAAACCCCAGACAAGGCUUUUUAAAAUGUAUAAAGAACUGCAGUGUUAGGUGGUUUAUUUGCAAACUGUUUUCAAUGUUGUCCAUUUUUAUGGCACCUUUAACAAUAUUCUUGUUUCCAAAGUACGAAAAAAAAAAAGGUUAAAAAUAUUCUAGCCAUAACUGAAUGUCAAGCAAUAAAAACAAAUGACUUUUUGUGCAUAGAUUUAAAAGAAAUACAAGUUUUAGACAUCUGCAUGUAAAUGCAAAUCUCUUGUUUACUGCUUUCCUAAACUUGAGCAACUGAUUCCUUAUUUUACUACUAAUUUAAGGACUUGUAAUGGCCUGUAAACAUUUUAUCUUGCUCUAUUCUUUCAACUCUAACUUUGUCUCUGCUUUGGAGUCAUAAUAUUUAAUGUUGUUCUGCUCACCUCUAUACAGUUAAAUUUUUGCUUUCAUUCUGUAUAGAUAAAAUUAUACUAUAAACAGCCUACACAGUGCAAAUAUUUAUCUGUUUAUCAAAUACCACAUUAUGCUGUAUAAUAUCUGUUUUACUAUAUAAUCUAUUUUAGACAUAGCUGUUUAGAACUAGAGUGUGCUAUUUUUGUGUUUUUCUGAUGUGUGGUGCUAGAUAAGUUACUUUUGUGAACAAAAACAAACAAACCCCUUUUAUUCCUAGACAAUACCACCUUUGGGUCUUGUUAAUUUCACUGAGUAUAACUAUAUAUAAAUAUAUAUAUUUGUGUAUAUAUAUAUAUACACCAACAUAUGCCCAACAAGUACCUGUAUCAGAGUACAAGAUUUGGGACAUGGUUUUCUCUUUAAAUGCAUAGUGUCAUUAUAUAAAUUAUUCUAUAGUAUAUUUAAUAAGGAGAAAAUUACUUCACCGGUACAGAUACUUGAUAUCAAAUGUAGAUUUUUUUUCUACAUUAUUAACAUUAUUAAUUAUUAAUGUUAUUAAAAUUGUUCUGUCCAGCUUGUUAUCCUUUUGGUUACUAAAACAGUCUGCCUGUAUUGUAUUAAAAAUAAGAAAAACAUCUAAUCUGCCAGUAUAAAAUAAUUACAAAAUGCUGUCUGUCUGAAAGGGAGGUAGUUAUUUGGCUUGUUGGGAGAAUUCUAUCCUGUUGUUGCAUUGGAAAUUUAUAGAUGUUAUUCUGCUGGGUGCCUUCCUCCCUCCUCACUUUAAAUAGGAUCUGUACACGCUCAGACUGUGGAUGUUACUGGGCCAUGCCUACACACUUAACUCCAGAUACUGUAAAUAGGAAUGUUCUGUAAAUCUGCCAUGAUGGAUGGCUAAAUUCAGUCCCUGGAUAUGCUUUAUACACCAUGCAUACAUAUCCAAGGACAGCCAGUAGCAACUAAAGUUAAUUAAGAAGUGGAAUUUGUGACGUUUUGUCAGGUAUGGGGGUUUUGUUUUUAUUUUUUCAUGUAUACCUUAAUUUACGUAGUCAUAUACCCUUCAAAAUAUUCCUAUCCCCUGUUCCUUUCAUUCUAGAUAUUUUCAUGUUAAUUCUUAAAAACUGAUGGAUAUCAAAUAUCUAACUAAGGAGGUAAUUAACCUUUUAAAUAUUUAUUAGAAUUUUUCUGUAAUAUUACUGAAUUUAUAAGAUCUUUAGCAAAGAUUUUUGAGCAAUUUAUUAAUAACAAUGUUUCUGUUUACUGCACUUUUUGAUAAUAGAAGGUAGUGAAUUUUAAAGCCAUGGUUCUUGGCUUCCAUGCACUGCUUUUAUACCCUCAAUCCAAGGAAUAUAUAUAUAUAAAUAAUUUUUUUUAAACAGCAAACAUACUGUUGACCUAAAAACAAAAACAAACUUUACUGCACCAUGGGUAUAUUUUCAUAAGUGGAAUGUUUAACUGCAAACACUAUCAGGACAAUUAUAAAAACCUCUUGAAGCUACAAUCGUAUUUAAAUAUAAGCCAUGACAAUUUUGUUUUCCCUUCUUGAUUUAAGUCACCUUUUGAUAUUUUCAAAGAGAAGGACUCACUCUUAAAUUUGUACGUACCAACCUAUAGGUAAUGCCAGGAACACAUUCUCCCUGUUGUUUUAAUAGUUUGAUAUAUUUAUGCAAAACCAUUUGGUUAACAUUUAUCCUCCCUCUUUACUAAAUGUUCAACAUACCAACACCAGAAUAAAUGCUGAUUACAAAUAUACAUCAGAUUGAAGAUGAAGCACACAGACUUAAAAACCUCGUUGAGUGAUAUGCUCAAAUUUCUGUAAAUACACACAAGUUUAAUGCAAUUAUACUGUACAUGUAAAUAUGUGCUGUCUGUUAUGUGUACAGUAUGUAUAAAUUCCUUUUCUAGCCACAGUAAAAUGUAAGCCAUCAAGAGGAUGUGGUAUUGUACUAAACCUUUGCUAAUGAUCUUUACCCAGUCACUUCACUUCUCCCUUCCAUAGACCUUUCCAACUCUUACGAUAGCCUGCUUAUAUUCAAGUUUGUUAUUUUACUCGGUCCCGAAAAAGGUAUUUUGAUUCAUUUUGUAAAUAUGACUGUAAAAAUAAGAGAUUUAAUGUUGUCUUUUAAAUACUCCAAUUUUCAUUCUAAUAUGAAUGUUGUUAUAUUGUACUUAGAAACCGUACCUUUAAUAUUACAUUACCUUUAUUAAGUGCAUUGAACACAUCGAUUUUAGAUGUGCUUUAUGUACUCUUAUCCUGUAAUAAAACUUCAGCUUCUAAUGGGAAAA